AUGUCGUCCUCACUCCUGCGCCCCCCUAGUCACCUGCCUCCGGCCACAGCCUUACACAACUCACAACAAGCCCCGAACAUCCUCAACAACUCCCCAGGCGCCGUAUCAACCUCUGUCAUACAAUCGCUGCUGUCCACCUCAGAGUCUCAGGAACUAUGGACAACAUACGAGAAUCUUCUACUCUCGUUGCUUCGGACUGGAGACGACGAUUCAGCCCACCUAUGCUUGGCUAGGCUCGCUAAAAGGUUCGGCGAUGACAAUGAGCGUGUCAUGGCCUUGAAGGGGCUUAUCAAGGAGGCCGACGCGAAUGACACCGCUACUCUGGAGAUCAUCUUGAAAGAGUACGACCAGAUUUUGCAGGACAACCCCACGAAUCUGCCUAUUGUCAAGCGCCGCGUUGCUCUCUUGCGCUCUAUGGGCCGUACCCCGGAGUCCAUCACGGCUCUGAUAUCGCUUCUCGACGUCUCUCCCACAGAUGCGGAAGCAUGGGCUGAGCUUGCCGAUCUGUACUUUUCUCAAGGCCUGUACUCACAGGCUAUAUUUGCCCUUGAGGAAGUACUCGUAUUACAGCCAAACGCUUGGAAUGUUCAUGCUCGGUUGGGCGAGAUGCUGCUAAUGGCUUCGAAGACGUCAGACGCGCCAAGACAUCUGGCCGAGGCAUUGAAACGGUUCUCUCGCAGCAUUGAACUCUGCGAUGACUACCUCAGAGGCUACUACGGCCUCAAGCUUACCACCACACAACUUUUGAGUGAGCCGCAGAAAGCUUCGAAACAGACGGAACCGGAUGAGUUGGCUGUGCCCAGUUCGGCCACAGUCCAAAAGCUGGAUGAGGCUGCUACCGAAAAGCUGGCAGAGAUAGUGCGACGCCAUACAGCAGGGGAGAGAGAUUGGCAGGGCUACGAAGAAGCCGAGAUUACAGCAGCACGAGAGCUGUUGGAGAAAGCAUCUGAAAAGACUGUCAGGUGA